AUGGAAAGUACAACUUCUUCUGUGGGUGGAUCAGAAUCAAAGGAAUUUAAGAAUGCAAAUGAACAAUACCAGGAAUUGAUACGACAGAGAAAGAGGAAAUUAGUUGAAUUGUAUUGUGUCUCAAGAUUACAUCAAUUAUUUGAAGUCACAGAUCAAAAUAUUUUUAAACAAGAUUUAGAUGUGUUUUUAGACAAAAAUAAUUUUAAAAAUGGGAAUAGAUUUAAAAUCGAUACUUUACCAAAAUUUUCAGAACCAUUGCCUUUAAUACCAUCCUCAUCUUCUAGUAAUUCAUCCUCUGGAUCUUCAAUAAAUAAUGAAAUAAUACGAAUAGAUAAAAAUCAACUUUCAAGGGAAUCGUCUCAUAAUAGAAGUGCAAAAGGAAGCAUUAAUAAAAAUAAUAUACUCACGAAAAAAAUAAGCCCUGAAUUGAUGGAUCAGGAUAAAUCACUACGGCAUGAAAAGAUAAUAUCAACUGAAAAUAAUAAAAUUGUAAAUAUUAACGAUAACAAAAUAAUUGAGCGUGUUAAUAAUAAAAGAAUGAUAGAUGAUAAUUAUAACAGACAUGAUGAUGACAAUUAUGAUAAAGGACCAGCUUCUAAAAAAAUCAAAACUGAAGUUGAUAAUAUUAAAACUAAUAAAGAUGAGACGGAGGAAGACAAGGAAUCAAACAAGAAUCAUUAUCCAUUAACUUCCUAUCACAUCCAAUCUUCAGCAUACAAUAACCCAUUAGCAUAUGUAAAUGUUUCUAACAUUAAAGUUGAACCUACACCAGUGGAUACAGACAACCAAAUCAAAAAUGCUUUUAUUAAAGAAAUAUUUGAACCAAAAUUAGAAGCGAUAGAUUAUUUCAGAGAAAAUAAUAUUAACAAGAAAGAUUCAUCAUAUUUAAUUAUGAAAGAAAACAUACCGUCUAAAGUAGCACAGGCUGUUCCUUUAGCUGAAUUAAAAUAUCUAGCACAAACGUUGCCACUGAUAAAAUUAUUGCCUAUGGCUCAUAAAGCUCUAACCACUGAUAUAAUUAACAAUGCCUUAAAUGAGGGUAGAAUUACAGUGGUAAGUUCAAGAAUCGAAGAAUUAAGAAGAUUAGGUUUAUGGUCUUUAAGACAACCAAAAAGAUUUAUCGAUCCUUGGGAAAAAGAACAAUCACAUCAUAAAAUAAUGAUGGAAGAGGCAUUAUGGAUGCAAAAAGAUUUCAAGGAAGGUUAUAAAUAUAAAGUUGCUGUAUGUACAACAAUUGCUCAAUCGAUUAUUGAUUACUGGACUUAUGGUAAAAUUUGUUGUAUUAAUAAAAAACCAAUAAUUUUUUUACCAGCAUCAGAAGAAAGUUCAUCUGUUGAAGCAGAAAGCAUUGAAGUGGAUGCCAUUUCGACAAAAACAGAACCUGAAGAUAAAGAAGUCAACAAAUCUUCUGAAAAAAUUGAAAUAAAUAAUAAUCUGGAAACGACAACUCCUUCAAAUGAAAUUCAAGUUUCUGGAGAAACAUUACUGGAUAAUAAUACAAAUGAAUUGAAACCAGUAUCUAUUGAAGACAUUAUGAAGGACCAAGACCAACAAUUAGGAUCUUUAUUAACUGAUAAAGUAGCAUCAGUUGAAUCAGAAUCUAUUGAAAUUAAAAAACGUGAUGAAAGUGAUUCAGUAGAUGUCAAUAACAAAGAGUAUAUCCUCAAUUCCGGUGUCAGAAGUAAUGAACCAGUAGUAUCUGAAGAUAUAACAAUGAAUGAUUCCGGAAACCCCAAAUCAAUUACAACAGAUAAGUCUUUAAAAGUCAUCGAUAUUAGUUUGUUGCAUGAAGUGACAGAUGAAAAUAUAGAUAUCGAAACACAGCUGAUUUCGAAGGAAGAUUACAAAGAAAGAUUGAAAGAUCCAGAUUUUUUCCCUUAUAGAGUAUCAAUUGAUUUGAGUGACUUAACUUCAUUAGAAAAGGCUAUUAUAAACGAUGUGACAUUAUAUACAGGGGUUGAUUCUAAUAAUGAAGAUGAAGACACUUUACCUUUUGUUCCGCUAUCUAAAUCAUUAGUAACACUUGACGAUGAACAUUAUUUCAAAAUAGUAGAGAAACAAAUUGUAGAUGAUGAACAAUCAUUGUUACAAUUGAGUAAGAGAAGAGGUAUGUUCUAUGGUAGUAGGAGAAGUCAUUAUUUGAAACCACCUCCUGCACCAUCCCAACGUUACUUAAGUAACAGAACACCUACAAUUUGGCUACCAGAAGAUGAUGAAGAACUUGUUAAAAAUAUCAAUGCAUAUGCUUACAAUUGGGAAUUGAUUGCUGCACAUAUGCUAAGGCGACCAAGAUGUUCAUAUUAUUCAAAUAUAGAAAGAAGAACCCCUUGGCAAUGUUUUGAACGAUUUGUACAAUUAAAUGAAAGAUUCAACUUUAACGAUCUAAAGGGCCCAAGAGCACAUAACGCCCAACAUUGGUUAAUGGAAGCUCAUAAAUUUCAGCAAAAACAAAAUAGAAGAAUUUCGCCUCUAGGUGUUGGACUGGAGUCAAUUCAACGUGGUCACAGAAGAUUACGUUGGGCCAGUAUGUUUGAAGCUAUGCGAAAGUGCAUGAAGAAAAGGGAGAAUGCACCAAGACCUAAUCCAAGUCAAGCAAGAAAGCCUCUUGAUUGCAAAAAUAUGAAAGUGCCUACACCCGCAGAGAUGUCUAAUUUGAAAGCCCAGAGAGAUGAAACAUUACGUCGCGACAUGCAGAUGAGACGUAAUGUUAAAAACCGUUUACAACAACAACAAAGACAACAGCAACAGCAGCAGCAGCAGCAGCAACAACAGCAGCAACAGCAGCAGCAGCAACAACAGCAGCAACAGCAACAACAAAAACAGCAGCAGCAACAGCAACAGCAACAGCAACAAUUGCAAAACAGACCAUCUUCUCAAGGUGUACCGAAUAAUGCUUCCGAAAAUAGUUCCAGUAACAUUAAUGGUAAUGUUACUCCAAAUUCAAGUGGUUCAACUAAUCAGUCAUCUAGGAAUAUUGUAAGCCAAUCCCCUUAUCAAAAGGGCUCCCGUCCGCAGUUGACUGAACGUGAAAUUAUCGAGACUUAUUCUAGAAAGAUCAUACAACAAAAGCCAGGAAUUCCUCCUGAGACAGCCCUAAAAGCUGCUCAAAAUUAUGUUAAAUCAUUAAAAGAAGAACAAGUAAGACAAUUACAAAGGUUGAAGGAUAAAAGUUCUAAUUCUACCUUUUCCAAUUCGAGUGUUAAUGUUCAGCAAACUAGUUCAGGAACUAAGCUCUCUUCCACAGGCAAUGGGGCUAAUAAUAAUAAUAGUAGUAUUGCGAAUAAUAAUAAUAGUAUUACGAAUAAUAAUGGUAAUAGCAGUUCAUCUCCUGAAAGAUCUAAAAUUACUUCACCAACUCCACAAGAAAUUUUACAAAGAAUACAAAAGUAA